ACCAUAAUAAAUCUAUACCGCUCCAAGGAAAGACAGUGAUUCAUAUAGUAUUUAUUACGUUUGAUUUUUAGCAAUUUUGGUUGUUUGUGGUAAUAAAAAUGAUUCUCGCAGUUUCGCUCGUAGUGUUAGUUUUUGUGUUGAUUAUUUUGCACGAUGUAUUGAAAAAGAAAACUCAAAGAUGGAAACACCUGAGCAAGUUUCCUGGCAACCCACCUUUGCCACUCAUUGGCAAUGUCUUAGAAAUUGGAUUUGAUGCUGACGAGGCAUCUAACAGAUUAAUGGAAAUGUGGACAAAACAUGGAAAAUCUAAUUUCCGUUUAACUGUGGGAAGCGAAGAAUGGUUGCUUCUCUCUGAGCCUGAUGAUGUUGGGACACUUUUAAGCAGUCCUACGGAACUGUCGAAACCAUUGGAACGCAACGUAGCAAUGAUGCCAUUUUUUGGAAAUUCAGUAUCAACCUCCGAAGGAGAAAGAUGGCGAUCUACACGUAAACUAAUGAAUCCAAGUUUUCAAUAUAAAACUCUUGAAAAAAGAGUAUCGGAUGUGAAUAAUUAUUGUGAAAAUCUUUUUAACAUUUUUGACAAGUAUUCGGGCAGACCAAGUGUUGAUGUAUAUCGUUACUUGCGACCGUAUAUGUUUGAUUUAUUGUGCAAUUCAUUAAUGGGUGUUAAUUUUCAUAUGCUUGAUGACCUCGACCAUCCCUAUUUACAAGCCAGUAGUCAAGUUGUCAGUUUCAUCACGGACAAUUAUUUUUCAUACUGGAGAAAUAUCCGACCACUUUUCGUACUGUCACCGUUCUACAAGGAAAUGAUGUCAAUAAUCAAGAUUAUCAGGAAUCAAAGCACAGAGAUAAUCAAAGAAAGAAGAAAAAUAUUACAAAAGUUUAUUGACGACACAAAGAAUAAUAAUAAAAGUGUUAAUAUUGACGUUGAUAAAUUAAUUGCUGAAAACUUGUCAGAUGAUGCGUGUCUUUUGGAUAAAUUUAUACUCAGUAAGUCUAUUUACGGGGACUCUAUACCUGACGAUGUAAUAAAUGAAGAGAUCACCCUUGUAGCGUUUACGGGUCAUUAUACAACAACAAUGACAAUGAGUCAUACGCUUUAUUUCUUGGCAAAAUAUCCAGAGAUCCAGCAAAGGGUAUAUGAAGAACAACUCUCUAUAUUCAACAAUGAAAUUACUAAGAAGCCAACUAAUAACGAUUUAACAGAGAUGAAGUAUCUGGAAGCAGUCAUCAAAGAGAGUAUUCGAGCGGUACCCACGGUUACGAAGAUUGGAAGACAACUUAAAAGUGAUCUCCACUUCAAAGAUGGUCGAACCGCUCCAGCAGGAACUUCUGUGUUAAUAUUUUUCGACGCACUAUUUUCGAACCCCAAAGUGUUCCCAGAACCAGAAAAAUUCAAACCGGACAGAUUCUUAAACAACAUGCAUCAGUUUGCGUUUAUCCCAUUCAGUGCUGGACCAAGAAAUUGUAUUGGGUUCCGGUACGCUUGGGUGGCUAUGAAGGCAACCCUAUCAAAUAUACUGAGAAGAUACGAAAUCUUUCCCGGCGAGCCUGGUACAGAACCACAAUUUAAAUACAGAAUAAUCACGGAAUCCGUAAAUGGUAUCCAGCUUAGGUUAAAGAAAAGAGACGAAUAA